AUGGCGAGGGAUCUGAUUGGGCCGGCCCUGCCGCCCGGCUUCAAGGCCGGCGGGUCGGCGGAGGACGAGGAGCGGGACUCCAGCCCCGUUGCAGGACCGGCUCUGCCCCCUAAUUAUAAAAGCAGUAGUUCAGAGUCAUCAGACAGCGACGAGGACAGUAGUUCUUUGUCCGAAGAAGGAAAUCAAGAAUCUGAAGAAGACGACACUGGUCCACCGGCCCGAAAACCGAGGAGAAAUCAAGAUGAUGAUGACGAUGAUGAUGAUGAAGGGUUUUUUGGACCAGCUCUUCCUCCUGGGUUUAAAAAACAAGAUGAUUCUCCUCCACGGCCUAUGAUAGGUCCUGCUCUACCACCUGGUUUUCUUAAAUCUACACAGAAAAGUGACAAAAGCAGAAGUGAUCCAGGACAAGUGUCAUCAUAUUUCAACUCUGAGGAAACGGAUAGCAGUGAGGAGGAAGACAUUGUCGGGCCAAUGCCUGCCAAAGGACCAGUUAACUCCAGUGUAACAGCAGAGUUUGAAAAGAGGGCCCAGAGAAUGAAAGAAAAACUGACUAAAGGAGACGACGAUUCAUCUAAACCAAUUACGAGAGAGUCUUGGAUGACUGAACUUCCUCCAGAAAUGAAAGACUUUGGUCUCGGGCCCAGAACUUUCAAGAGAAGAGCUGAUGGCAAAUCUGGAGACCGAUCAGUCUGGACCGACACUCCAGCCGACAGGGAAAGGAAAGCUAAGGAGAUGCAAGAAGCAAGAAAGUCAUUCAGUAAGAAGGAUGAAGAAUAUAUACUGUCAGGAAGGGAUAAGAGAUUGGCUGAGCAAGUCUCCUCAUACAAUGAAUCAAAAAGGUCAGAAUCUCUUAUGGACAUUCAUCAUAAAAAAUUAAAGAAUAAAGCUGCUGAAGAUAAAAAUAAGCCCCAAGAGAGAAUACCAUUUGACCGUGAUACAGAUCUCAAAGUUCAUCGAUUUGAUGAAGCUCAGAAAAAAGCCUUGAUAAAGAAAUCUAGAGAACUAAACAGCAGGUUUUCACAUGGCAAAGGCAAUAUGUUUUUAUAA